AUGGGAUUCCGCAUCACCACAUGGAACGUCAAUGGUAUACGAAAUCCGUUCUCUUAUGAGCCAUGGAGAGGAACGCGCACAUUCGAGUCCAUGUUUGAUAUACUAGAGGCGGACAUUGUAGUUCUCCAAGAAACCAAGAUUCAGCGCAAAGACCUCCGUGAUGACAUGGUCUUGGUUCCAGGAUGGGACUGCUAUUUCAGUCUCCCUCGAGUCAAAAAAGGAUACUCGGGUGUUGUGAUUUACACGCGCAAUGCCACUUGUUCUCCUAUAAGGGCAGAAGAGGGCAUCACUGGAGUUCUCUGUCCACCAAAAUCCUCAACGUCUUUCCGUAGUCUUCCGGAAGAGCAACAGAUUGGCGGAUACCCAACAUCCGAUCAGCUUUACAGGCCCGCUAUGAAUCCUGAAGCGCCUGGUUCAGAAACGAAGCAAGAGGAGGCGAGCUCGGUACCUGAGACCAGAAUAGAUGCGCCAACCCUCGAUUCCGAAGGGCGCUGCGUCAUUCUAGAAUUUCCUGCAUUUGUCCUUAUUGGUGUAUAUUGCCCUGCCUAUCGGGAUGAGAGUCGGGAUAACUUCCGUAUAGACUUUCUCAAUGCCCUUGAUUCUCGAAUUCGCAACCUGGCUGCGAUGGGGAAGAAGGUGGUCGUGACUGGGGAUAUAAAUAUCUCGAAACAGGGCAUUGAUGCCGCUCAUGGAAUCGAGGCCAUCCGAAAAGGUACGAUGACUCAAGAUGAAUUUGUAUCUGGCCCUUCUCGGCGUCUAUUGAACCACUUGAUAUCGGAUGGCGUGGUUAUCGGCGAACGUGAUAAAGGCAGGGAAAAUCCUGUCCUCUUCGAUGUCUGCAGGUCAUUCCAUCCAGAUCGUACAGGCAUGUAUACAUGCUGGGACCAGAAACUCAAUGCUCGACCAGGAAAUUACGGCUCAAGGAUUGACUAUAUACUGUGCAGCUUGGAUAUGCAGAACUGGUUCUCCGACUCAAAUAUCCAGGAAGGAUUGAUGGGAUCAGAUCACUGUCCUGUAUAUGCUGUUUUCAAGGAGUCUGUAGAUCAACAUGGAGGCGAGGUAAACAUUCGCGAUAUUCUCAACCCACCGGGAAUGUUUCACUAUGGCAAGCGUCAACGGGAAUACUCAAAUGAGUGCGUAUUGUCAGCUUCGGGACGUUUGCUCCCCGAAUUCGACGUGGAUAAGCGCAGAAGUAUCAAGGACAUGUUUGCUCGCAAACCAACCAGCAUUCCGUCGAAUUCGGCAGAACUAGCCGCUACACUGGCUAACAUACCCACGACCCAAGCCGCGAGAUCUACAGUCAUGCACACAGCCUUCGGAUCCGCUGACUCGGCCAAAAAGGGCUCUGCACCUACCACUGGGGGAAACCAAUACUCUCAGACUGUUUCUCGCAAACGCAUUCAGCCUCUACAAACCACAUCAGCGAAACGGCCUAAGUCAGCCGUAUCGACGUCUUCCGGGGGCUCUGCGGCAGGCCAAAAGACAUUGAUAGGCUUCUUUAAGCCAAACCCCGUCAAUGUAUAUGAAGCUUCCCGGUCGCCCAUUGCUUUACCAGGUUCCUCGACACCAUCACUUAACCAGAAACCAUCAAAAUCACAACAAGAGAAAGGGGAAGCUCUAGAAGUCAACCUGCAGCCUUCAGUGCCCCAAGAAGACACCAUAAUAAAGGACGCCGACACUUCUACUGAAUGGCUGACGGCCAGCAACUUCACUGAUGACACAAUAAUUGACCCGAUUGUCAGCAAGGAGGACUGGUCAAGGCUUUUUACCAAAAAGUCUGCUCCAACGUGCGAUGGGCAUCAAGAACCGUGUAUCAGCUUGACCACGAAGAAACCUGGAAUGAAUCGUGGCCGAUCCUUUUGGAUUUGUCCCCGGCCAUUGGGACCCAGUGGAGAAAAGGAAAGGGGUACGCAAUGGCGGUGUUCUACAUUCAUAUGGGCUAGUGAUUGGAACUCACCGGCUGCAACGCAGGAGCAAUGA